AGAGCCAAGGAAGACCUCUGGUCCUGCAGACAGACAAGUUUUGUCAGGAGAAGCAGAGACCGGGAGAGAGAGAUCCUGAGAGAAACAGUGACAUUCCCAAUCCGGUGCAGAAUUCCUGUGAUUCCUGAAACUCCCGCCCUCUCCGCCCAGAUGAUGUCAUCGGACCUCCUCUCUCCUGGUUGGCUGCAGCAGCUGCUGCUCGUGCUGCUGAAGGUCACCGUGUCCUGCGCCGGCUCCUCAAGGCCGGCCAAUGGGACGGCCUGCUCGGCACGAGAGCCCGCCUCCUACAUCCUGGUGUUCACGGGUCACUGGAGCCCCCAGACCUUCCCCAAACAGUACCCGCUGUUCCGCCCCCCAGCACAGUGGUCCAAGCUCAUCGCGGUGUCCCACAGCGCGCAGUUCCGGCUGUGGCAGGAGGGGGCGCUGGCGAGCGCGGGGCUCCAGAGCUUCUCGGAGCGGGGCGUGACGGUGGGGCUGAUGAAGGAGGCGCGCGAGGGGCGGAGACGCCGGGCGGUGGGCUCCGUGUACCGGACCGCCGGCAUUCCCACCGGGAUCGGCCACAGCUCCACGGAACUCCUGCUCCUGCCCCGGAGCCCCCUGCUGUCCCUGAUGGUGAAGAUAAUCCCCAGCCCUGAUUGGUUCGUUGGAGUGGACAGUCUGAACCUGUGCAAGGGGGGCCAGUGGCAGGAGGAUGUGACCUUUGACCUCCACCCGUUUGACGCCGGGACAGACAGCGGCUUCACCUUCUCAUCCCCGAACUUCCCCUCCGACCCACCUGAGAACAUCACACAGAUCACAUCGCAGAAGCCCAACCACCCGGCAAAUUCCUUCUUCUACCCCCGCCUGCAAGACCUCCCCCCGCUGGCCUCCAUCCGGCUCAUUCGCCAGCCCCGGACAUCCACCCACCAGAACACCCUGUCCAAUCACAUCCUGCCUCACCUCAACACGCCUCAGAGGUUCUCAGAAACUCCUCUGGACUGUGAGGUGGCCCUCUGGUCGUCCUGGGGCCUGUGUCUGGGCCCCUGCGCUCAGGGGGGGGUCAGGCACCGCACCCGUUACAUCCUGCUCCGCCCCGCCAACAGCGGCACGCCCUGCCCCGAGCUGGAGGAGCAGUCCGAGUGUACCCCUCCCCACUGCUCCAAACCCAAGCAGCACUGAGACUUAGAACUGCCCCACCAGGACCCUUAAAACGGCCCCACCAGGACCCUGAGACCAGCACUAGGACCUGGGGCAGCACUGACGCCAAGACCAGCGUCAAACCGCCAACACAGACGCGGCUUACCGCCGAGCUAUGGCAGCAGGACAGACCGACUCCAACAAUACGCA